AUGGCACUUCUGGAGAAAGAAAAGAAGGAUGAUGCCACUGCGGACCACGAUAUCCCUGAUCGCCUAUGCCCGAUAUCCCCACCACACACCACCCCGUAUCUCGCCUCCUACCUCCGCGUCCCAACCAACAAUUUCACUCCAAAAGAGCUCUCCCAGAGCCUCCAAAAUAACCCACCGAUAUUCUUCAUCGGACCUGUCAUGAUACCCAGCAUGUUGAAAUACAUCCUACCUGCUUACCCAACUCUGGACAUGGCUCAGGACAUAACCCUGGCAACCCUGCACGGCCAGACCCUCUACUACAUAUGUCCUCCUUCAAAGCCAGCAGCAGUCCCAGAAACGCAGUACCUCAUGGCCCUCCAGAGCUCUUCCUCGUCCGCCACCACCACCAGCAGCAGCAGCAGCAGCAGCAGCAGAAGCCCCAUCCCCCCAACCCCCACGCGCCUCACCACCGCCACGGCCCUCGUAAUCUUCAACCCAACCGACUUCCAACACGCCCGGCCCCACCACUUCGCGACGCCGCCCUUUAACCGCAUAAUGCCCGCGCGCGUCACCAUUCGUCUCUCGAACGGCGAGCGCUCAGCCGUCGAUGCGUGGGAUGUUGCACCACUUGCACCCCUCCUUGCGUCGGCGCUGUAUAAGCGGGUAGACCGGGUCUUUGAGGCGUGGGAUAGGGAUGGGGAUAGGGAUGAGGAUGGGUGCUGGGAACUUGGAGAUGGAAACGAUGGUGAGCUUGAUGAUGAGGGCGAAUGUGAAUAUGGAUGUGAGGAAGAGUGUGACGAGGAAGCGGAUGGGGAUCUCAUCGUCGUUGCUGAGGAGGUGGAUAGCGAGUGGGAGCGGGAUGAGGUGGAGGAGGUGGAUGGAGAUGAGAUUGAGAUUGAGGGUGGGGUUGAGGGGGAGGGGGGUGGGUGGGGGAAGGGGGUUGGUGUUGAUGUGUGUAUGCGGAUGGGAAUGCGUCGAUGGGAGGCGGGGACUCUGUGGGAGAGAGUCGCCGCGUUUUUUCCUGAACCAUUCAGCUUUCUUGUGUUUGAAUAG